AUGUUGGGAUCGAACGCGGAGAAUGCAGAAGAUCCGGGUGAAUAUGCAAAAGUGGAGGCGGCACCACCAGGAAUUGACGACACGACGGAAGAGCCGAAACUCAAUGAUCUAGGAACUGUAACGGUUGAAGAGAGUCCCCCAGUAUCCGAAGUUGAAGAGAGUCCGCCAAAAACGACUGUUGAAGAAAGUCCUAUUAGAACAACAGUUGACGAAAGUCCCCUAGAAUCAGCAGUUGAGGAAGGUUCUCUGGGAACAACCAUUGAAGAAACGCCCCUCGAAAACCAGGGUCCACAGACCACAGGUGGGAGUGAUGCGGCGAACGCCGGCAGUUCGCCACAUGUAGACACUCUACCGAAGCCGGACGGCAAGACCAAACCUUCUGCACGCCGUCCGAAUGCAAAACCUACUACCCGACCCGUGGUAUCCAAGACAACAGCCUCAUCCAAGACGCUGCCUACCACCGGCCAGAUCGACAGUAAAACAGGAAGCAAGCGUGUAUCCACACGCGGAUCUGUAUCGCCCCCAGUUCAAAGCGUGCGGAAAGUGUCUGCAGUAGCAGCGAAGGAUCCUGCCAAGACGGCUCCGACUUCAAAAAGUGUAGCCCAUUGGAGCGUACCGAUUACCUCAAAAAAGCCCGAAAGGGAACCGCUAUCUCGAAGACUAACACAUCCCUCAUCCACGAGCGAAAAGUCCUCACCGACGACUGGAUCACGCAAGGAGGCAUCUUCCCGUGGAACGUCAGCAGUGCGCUCAGCUACGCCCUCUGCGUCCCCAACAUCAACAGCUAGGACAACAGCGUCGUCUAGUUCAGUAUUAUCUCGCAAGGCAACGAGUUCCGUGGGAACAAAACCUGUGGUAUCGCAGCCAUCAACAACAUCUGGAUUGCGUUCUGUCUCUUCUCCCAUUAGCAAGAGGACCUCGACAGUGAACUCGACAGGUCCGUCUGCAAGUACGGUGGCCAAGAAAACACCCGUCGCAACCUCAAAAGUGAAAGUUCAAACUGCCGCUACCCAGGCGACACCGAUUAGCAAAAGCGACGAUGCCCUCAGGAAGCUAGGGGAAACGGAAAAGGAGCUUGCGGCACUGAAAGAAGAGAAUAUGCGAUUAGUUGAAGGGAAAAUGGAGCUUAUAACACUCAAGGCGGAGAACGAGCGGAUCCCAGACUUGGAGGAACAAGUAAAAGUCUUGCGAAACGAUCUCGGACGAAUCGCGAUUUUGGAGGCAACGAUCGCGACGCUAGAGCAAGAAAAUUCAAACCUCAUGCGGCUACAGACUCAGCUUGAGGAUCUCAAACAGAUGAACUCGAAAAUAGGUCCAUUAGAGGAGGAGGUUAACUCUCUUAGACAGAAAAAUGCAGCGUUAUCCGUUGUCGCCGAUGAAUUAGUAAACGUGGAGAAAACCACCGCAAGAGAAAUUGAGCAGCUCAAGGAAGAGAAUGCUCGUCUGUCCGAUUUGGAAAAGGAUGUAAUCGAGUUGAAUGCCGAAAACACUAAACUAUCUCUACUUCCCAAGGAGAUUGAGAGACUUACGGAAGUUGUCAACGCACUGAAGAAGAACAGGGAAGAAGAUGCGGUCAAGGAUCCUCACAUUGAAGGAGAGUCGCGCGCCCGCGAGCUGGAGGAGAAGGAUAGAAGGCUAGCCGCUUUGGAACAGGAACUCUUUGAAAGGCAGGCGUAUAUUCACGAGCUAGAGGAAGAUAAUGCCAAGUUGGCAGCUUUGCAGCAGCAGCUUGCUGAAACGAAGCUCGAUAAUGACCGACUCAAUGCGGAGAUCUCGCGGUAUGAUGUAAAUCUAUUGGUUGCCUUGAAGCAGAACGUAGCCGAGUUGCGUGAGGAAAACACGGAGCUUUUGGAAACUAUAGAGAUGUUGAAAUCCAAACUGAGCAACGCACCAACUGGUGCGGACAACGCCGAAGCUGCCAGUUCCAAGCUGCAUGAAGAUAACGCAGAGAUGCAGGAGACCAUAGUAAUGAUGCAAGCCAAACUAGAUGCAGCAUCAAUGGGCGUCGAGACCGCCAAAGCUGCAAGUUCCCAGCUACGUGAAGAAAACGCUGAACUGCAAGCGACUAUAGAAGCUAUGAAAGCCAAAUUGGAAACAGCAUCAAUUGAAGCCGAUGGUGUCAGUUCCCAGCUGCAGAAAGAGAAUGCUGAGUUGCAAGCGACUAUAGAAGCGAUGAAAGCAUCAACUGAAACUGAUGAUGCCAAUUCCCAGCUGCGCAAAGAUAAUGCUGAACUCCAGGAAGCCGUACAAAUCAUGAAUGAGAAGUUAGAAGCAGCCACAAGGGCAGUUGAAGUGGCCGAAUCUGUGAAUGCAGAGGUUCUCGUCAAGCUUGCAACAGCUGAGGGAAUUAUUGCCGACUUCCCUAGCAAAAUUGCUGAAGUGGAGGCCAAUUCGUCGAAUCUGGUUGCCAAUCAGUUACGGGCGGUAUCCUUGCAAUUGACGGACGCCGAAUCAAAACUUGAGGCAGUGUCUCAGCAAUUGGCCGAAGAAAAAGACAAGUCAGCGAUGCUAGCUGAUAGUCUGCUGGAGGCGGAAGGAAACAUCACCACUCUCAAAGAUGCCUUACAUGAAGCGGAGAAGACCGCCGAAGAUCUUGCUACUCGACUGGCAUCCGUGGAAAGCAAAGCUGAGGCAGUGUCUACGAAACUAGCUGCAGAAGAGGCUAAUGUCAGUUCAUUGACGCAAAAACUGGAAGAGUCGCAGCUUGGUACUUCACACUUGGCUGACCAAUUGGAAACAGCUAGAAAGGAGUGCAUCCGCCUCACGCGCGAGUUGCGUAACUCAGAGGAUGAAAGAACCACAUUUUCAAGGAUGAUGGGCGCUGUAGAGGAAGAGAAGAUGGCGUUGGCAACUCAGAUUGUGGAAACAGAAAAGUCGCAGCAGUCAACGACUGGUGACCGUACUUUUGAUUCGGCCACAGAGACAAACGAUUUGAUCGCCUUGGCAGCCGAUGUGGCAUCGGAAGGUAGAGAUCUGUUGGAUGUCCUGGCCCAGGACCAAGAAUUUGGAAUUCCUAGGCCCACGCUUCCCGAAGUGGCAGACGAGGAGAAGAGCACGCAGGAAUCAGCGGUUACGGAAACACCCGAGACGACCAUCACUAGUGAAGCAAAUCAACCUUCCACUUCAUUUGCCCAGCAUUCGUCACAAAGCGAUUUGGGGUCCCCAGCACAGCAUGCGCCCGAUAUCACCCCGCCUAUAAUUCCAGUAGAAGGCACUGAGGAAAUUGCGGAAAUGCAAAUGGUAGAGGAUGAAUACAUCGCUGAGAUGCAGACCAGGGAACAGGAUUAUGCAGCCAGCCGAAGACCACAUGAUUCAGGAUUUUCCUUUGAAACGCACACGAACGAAAGCGAUGUUGUGGACCACACAAUCGACGAAAUUAACAGUGAACUUUCGGAGUCUGCUGUCCGUCUCAGUACUCAAAUGCCGGAGGUGUUGAGGGAGAAGUCAGUUCUCGAUCCAGUCUAUGAAAUUGUCGAGGGAGCAGAGAGCGCCUUAUCGGAGUGGGCCGCUAUGAGUCAAACCGUAGAAGAACCCUUGGGAGAGAAUACCACGGACGACGCCAACAAGGAUGAACCUAGUAGCAUGAGCACAAUCGGUGUUGAGUUUAGUGCUGGUAAAGAGGGGCAUGUAGACGACGCUGAUGUAGCCGACACAGCUGAGAAUUUGAGCGAAGGUCAUGAGGGAGAUUCUGCGGCUUCUGGUGAAGAGCAAUGUUUCAAAGAGGUAGAAAAAGCCAAGGGUCCCGAGGACUUUGGUGCAAAUGAAGUCGAUAAAAGCGAUGCGGGCUGCACGGGAAUUCCUGAUUCAGGGCCAACUACGGAUUCCAGUGAUGGCGAGCAACAACCAGGCGCUGAUGAGACAUUGGCUAUGGACGGUCUCGAACCUCAGCGCUCUCGUCUAAAUUUGAACGAACCUCAUUCAGGGUCGACUGAGGAGAUGUCUACCAAGACCGAACUGUCUGAUAUCGAGCCCGAUUUGGGGGACCGCAGAGCAGGGGAUUCCGGAGCCGAUGUGGAGGAUGACACCGAACGGCCUGACCAUGGUCCUGCAACCACAUUGCAGACAGAAGCACAUGUGGCAUCGGAACGGCCAAAAAACGAAGGUGAGGGAGAGGAUUCUAAUGGCAUAUCGGGCAGUGUCGGUCAUGAAGACGAAGCUUAUCUGGGCUCCGACGCAACCACGGAAUCCAGCCCAAGAAGUAUUGACGGUAGUUUCAUGGACGAGCAGCCGCCCGAAAAUUUAAUGAGCCCAAGUUAUUCUAUGGACGUUGACUUGCAGUGUGACAAGGACAACGCUGACAUCAUGGAUGCGAGGCCACCCGUUGUUGAGGAAGCCGUGCCAACGGCAAAUGUCCCUAGCCUCAUGGAUGCUAGUGCGGAUGAGCAGAACGCACCUCAGGGUGCACAACCCGGUGAGGAGGCAUUCUCUGACCAAACGGCAAGCGGAUCUGAAGGGGCAAUAGAGUUGCAGGCUGAGACUGGUCAUUCUUAUUUAGACAAGCUACUCAGUGGAUAUUUUGGAGAUAAUUCAACAAUCGAAGGAGGUGACCCCUCCGAUCCGGCGCAUGAACGUCAACUGAAAUCUGUAGCAAAAACAUUGGCAUGGGAUGCCGUUGCAGACGCACUGGAAGAAUUGCAGAUUGAGGCACACAUAAAGUCUGCCACGGAGACCGAGGAGGUCAAUUAGAGGUGGAUUGCAUAAAUAUUGGUAGCUUCUGCUAGACUCGAUGCGAAUGUUUUUUUCUUUUUUUCUUUUUUUUCUGAGCCUCAUCGUUAUUUCACUCCCCGCAAUUUGUAAAGUUUAUGGAUUCAACGUAUGUAGUUACAACGUAUGUAGUUAGAGAGCACAAAGAUGGCCAGUUAUUUGAAGUCCUAGUCAGAAGCGAUGAUUGCGCCCCUUUGUGUCCAACUUGGUUCGACUCUUGUCAUCUU